UUCAACUGUUCGUGACCUUCCUCCCAAGUCUGCUUCCGCAUUUUUGGUUGGUGAAGCAUGCCACCGUUCUUCAUUUCAAUUCAAAUCAGACAUGGGUCGGUUUCGCGCGCGAGCACGGCAGCCCCUGAGCAACAUUUCAAUGCUCGCACUUCCUAGGAACCAGGAGCCCCACGACCACUUCCCUUUCUUCAGCUCGCUGCCGAGCGUCUCCAGCCAAGACGUGACGUCGAGAGAUGGCCAUGGCCGCCCGAUGCCGGAGCACCGCCGGCCAAGGACCUGCCGCCAUCCAGACCCCCUCCACGCCAUCUCCAUCUCACCGAAGACCUGCACCAAGUCCCAUCCAGCGCCUUCGCCACCCUUCGGCCCCCACCCCGUAGGUCUGCAGCCUGAGCGCUUCAACCGACUUGUGCCUGAAGCAGAGGAGUAG